CGUUCUCAUCAGUUCCGUUCAUCCAUCAAGUCGCAACACAUCACUGUCGCUACAAUGGCUUCGCGUCUUGCUAAGAGCGCCAUUGGUGCUGCCCGGCUCCGACCGGCUGUUGUCGCCCGUAACGUCCCUGCCGUCACUGCCAACUUCACGGCGUCCCGUUCGGCCUCCAACGUCCCCAGCGAGGACCCCAAGAAGAAGGCCGAGUCGAUCCUCAAUGCUCUUCCUGGCAACUCCCUUGUUUCCAAGACUGCCAUCCUUUCUGCCGCUGCCGGUCUCUCCAUUGCCGCGAUCAGCAACGAGCUCUACGUCCUUAACGAAGAGACUGUUGCUGCCUUCUGUCUGCUCAGUGUCUUCACUGGUGUCGCCAAGUAUGGUGGUCCCGCGUACAAGGAGUGGGCUCAGGGCCAGAUCCAGAAGCAGAAGGACAUUCUGAACGCUGCCCGUGCCGACCACACCAACGCAGUCCAGCAGCGCAUCGACAACGUCCAGCAGCUGAGCGGAGUUGUUGAGAUCACCAAGCAGCUCUUUGCGGUUUCCAAGGAAACCGCCCGCCUUGAGGCUGAGGCUUAUGAGCUUGAGCAGCGUACUGCCCUUGCUGCUGAGGCCAAGCAGGUCCUUGAGUCGUGGGUCCGCUACGAGGGACAGGUGAGACAGCGCCAGCAGCGCGAGCUUGCCGAAUCCAUUAUCGGCAAGAUCCAGAAGGAGCUCGAGAACCCCAAGGUUCUCCAACAGAUUCUCCAGCAGAGCGUUGCUGACGUUGAGAGAAUUGUUUCCUCCAAGGCUCAGUAAAUGCAGCCGACAUGACUAGCUUUUCCUUGCGAUCGUGUACAAAACCGAGAAGCUGUUUACUUCGUGAUACAAUCUAGAACUUCAAUACCAUUUUCACUUCCCACGUGCUUCGUAAUUGAUUGUGAUAUUUCGACGAGUCACUCGAUUGUCCGUUCUGCCUUCGAA